GUUGCUGCGGAGCUACCCGUGCGGCCGUGCCCCGUCCCGUCCACCUCUCUCCUCGUCCCGUUCCGUCCUGUGAUGCGUGGCCGUGGGUAAGAGAUCAGGACUCGAGUGCUAGUACUUGGCUUGGUGUUGCUGCUCUCCCUCUUCUCUCUCUCCAUUACUCGUGUAAUGGUGAGGAGGCAGUAGCGCUCAGUGGAGGGGCGGAGCAGCGCAGGCCGUUGCCGCGUUGCGGAAUUGCUCGCUGCGUUUCCAGUGGCGGCCCGCGUGUCGCACUCCAUGCGGUUCUGGUGCGGCUCGUGAGAUCCGCAAGCAGCAAGCAUGUCGCGGCCGCUGCACCGGGGGGCGUCGGGGAUCGGCGGCAAGCCGGCGGCGGUGUACGGCGCGGCCGACGAGGCGCAUUACGACUCCAAGGAACCCAGUGAGAACGGCAUUGGCGCCUUCGGGCGGGGCGCGCGGAAGCGGCACCUCGCGGCCGCGGUGGUUAAGAUAGGGGUCCUGGUGCUCGCGGCGGCGGCGCUCGUGGGCUCGGUCGCGUGGGCGGGGUCCCUCUACGCGGGCCGUGGCGCGGCGGCGCGCGCUGCCGCCUCCGCGGCGCACCGAGGGUACCGGCGGCUGCAGGAGCAGCUGGUCACGGACCUGCUCGACAUCGGCGAGCUCGUGGGCGGCGGCGUCCGCGCCAAGGAGGCGGAGGUGUGCCCGCCCGAGUACGAGAACUACGUGCCCUGCUACUACAACGUGACGGACGCCGUCGACGUGUCGGAUCUGGGGGGCGGCGUCGUGAUAAGCUACGAGCGGCAGUGCACCCGCGACGGCAGGGUCACUUGCCUCGUUGCGCCGCCGCCAACCUAUCGGAUCCCCGUGCGGUGGCCCAGCGGCAAAGGGUUCAUUUGGAAGGACAACGUGCGGAUUAGCGGGCAGGAGUUCUCGUCCGGGAGCCUGUUCAAGAGGAUGAUGGUGGAGGAGGACCAGAUCUCCUUCCCGUCGGAUGCGCAUAUGGCCGACGGUGUAGAGGAUUAUGCCCAUCAGAUUGCGGAGAUGAUUGGGCUGCGGAAUGAGUUCAAUUUCAAUGAAGCUGGGGUUAGGACAGUUCUCGACAUAGAAUGUGGAUUCGGUACCUUUGGAGCACAUCUUUUUGAGAGAGAUCUCUUGACCAUGUGCAUCGCUAACUACGAGGCGUCUGGCAGCCAAGUGCAAAUUACAUUAGAGAGAGGCAUUCCUGCAAUGAUCGGUUCAUUUGCAUCGAAGCAGCUUCCAUAUCCCUAUCUUUCCUUCGAUAUGGUCCAUUGUGCAAAAUGUAACAUCGAAUGGGACAAAAAUGAUGGCAUUUUCUUGGUUGAAGUGGACAGGCUUUUGAGGCCUGAUGGUUAUUUUGUCUGGACAUCGAAUUUGAAUACACAUAGGGCCUUGCGUGACAAAGAAAACCAAAAGAAAUGGACAGCCGUUCGUGAUUUCGCUGAGGGCCUUUGUUGGGAGAUGCUGUCUCAACAAGAUGAGACAAUUGUGUGGAAAAAGACAAAUAAAAGGGACUGUUACAGUUCUAGAAAAUCUGGACCUGAGCUUUGUGGUAAAAGCCAUGAUCCAGAAUCACCAUACUACCACCCACUAAACCCCUGUAUAGCAGGAACAAGAAGUCAGCGUUGGAUCCCCAUUGAACAUCACACGACCUGGCCAUCACAGGCUAGACAAAACUCAACAGAACUUGACAUACAUGGUGUCCAUUCAGAAGUCUUUGCUGAGGAUACUGCAAACUGGGACUCCAUGGUGCGGAACUACUGGUCUUUGCUGUCUCCGCUUAUAUUUUCAGAUCAUCCAAAGAGACCCGGCGAUGAGGACCCACAGCCACCAUUCAACAUGCUAAGGAAUGUUUUAGAUAUGAAUGCUCACUUUGGUGGAUUUAAUGCUGCUUUACUCAAGGCUGGAAAGUCUGUUUGGGUGAUGAAUGUUGUUCCUACGAAUGCCCCGAACUAUCUACCUCUAAUAUUUGACCGCGGGCUUAUUGGGAUUCAACAUGACUGGUGUGAAGCAUUUCCAACUUACCCAAGAACAUAUGAUAUGGUGCAUGCUGAUGGCUUGCUAUCACUUGAGGAGAGCCAGAAGCAUAGAUGUUCUACUCUUGACAUAUUCUUGGAAGUUGAUCGUAUCCUACGACCAGAUGGCUGGGUCAUAAUCCGUGACACCGCCCCUCUUAUUGAAGCUGCAAGAUCUGUUGUUACUCAACUCAGGUGGGAUGCCCGAAUUUUAGAUCUUGACAUAGCUAGUGAUGAAAAGCUACUGGUCUGUCAGAAGCCCUUUCUCAGAAAAUAAGGAGCAGAGUAGACACUGACACAAGAUAUGAACUUAUUCUUUCCCUCUUAGAUACUGUUAUAAUUCAAUUCUGAGCACAAUUGAGUACAAAGUUUGGGUUGGAACACCGGAGGCAUGGGUCAGCUAACUUGUCAUGCAUCGUCAUGGAACCACAAGGUGCCAUUAGACUGAUCGGGCAAGUGCAUGCUGCAGAGAACAGGCUUGGUGGCUAAGCUUUCCAGGCCAAGGUUUUAUUGCCAGGAUACAGAGAUGAAGCCAUCAAAGUUAUUUGAGUAGCAAAAAACCAUAUUCUAUAAAGGGAUGGUGCUGCGGUGUACAUAAUCGCGGCCAAUGUGCCAUAUAGGUAUAAUUCAUUUUUCCCCUCAUUACAUUUUCCUUUUUGUAACUGUACCCAUUUGCUUUCGUAUCUUGUAUGUAAAUUGGUUGGUCUAUAUACUGGUCAUCCCAGAUUACAGCCCAGUGAAAUCAAUAUAAUUAUUUGGAGAUGAAUGAUAAGCAAAAGCAAA